CAAAGCAGCAGCACGUGACGAAGGUGCAGGUUUUUAUAUGAGUGUGCCCUGAUGGGAAAACUUAUUCACAAAGGUUUGUUAUGGAGAGAGGUGGGAACACUAGAUAGACUGAUAACUGGAUAUUAACCAUGGACAUGAAUGGUAUACUGAGUGGAGAUCAGAUUGACGUUCUCACCACCGUGUACUUAGUGUUACUCACUCCCAGUGUGGUUGGGAGUCUUUCUGUCCUGGUAGUUUCCAUAGUGAGAAGGAAGCAUCUACAACAACAGGUGCACCUCCUCGUGCAGCUCGCCCUGGCAGACCUCCUGGCUGCUCUGAUCCUGAUGUCCACCAGUGUCAUGAACAAAGUGGGAAUCCACAGCAAUGUCCCCAUCUGCCAGUACAGCCUGCCACUGUCGCUGACAUUUUACUUUAUUUCAUUUCUGCUGGUGGUCAUUUAUGCAUGGCAGUCAAAGAACGCGAUUCAAGGAUGGAGAACGAGACCGGCAGAGGAUGAGGGCAUGCAGAGCCAGUGUAGAAGAAAAAUUGUAGCGAUGCCUGUAUAUGCCUUAGUUUGGCUGAUUCCUAUAUUUCUGUACUUAGCAUACGUGCUCACUUCCUUCAUAACCACAGCUUUGCUGACUGCAAACAAUGACCAGUCACAGGUCUUCCAUAAUGAAAGCAAGUACUGCAGCAGCUGUAUUUUGUUCUUGCACGUCUGGGGAGACUCCUGCUCAGAUACGGAUGAAGCCCAUGAUAACUUCAUCAAAAUAUUUCUGGUCGUUGUGGUGAUAUCAGUGAUGCUGUCUUGCUCUGUGAUUUAUUUUAAGGUUGGUAAAUGGUAUGAAAGACAUCAGCAUCAGGGUCUUUUUCCAGUGGAAGGAGACGGGCGUUCGAGAAGGCGAUUCAAGACAGUUUUUUCUACAGCAAGAAAUAUGGUGAUGGUCAUCUUAGUUUGUUGGGCACCAGCUCUUGUCCUCAUUCUGUUUUCCACCCUCAUCAAAUGGACAAAUAUUGAACAACACAGUCUAUUUGGACUUUAUAUGAUGCAGGCGGCUGGUGUGUCCCUUCAAGGCUUCCUGAACAGUAUGGUUUACGCCUGGAGACGACCAAACUUCACUGAGGCCGUUCUAGGGGAGAACACCCCCCUGGUGGCGCACAACCACCUGGCCUUCUUUGAUGAAUCGCUAAGGACCUCAUCCUGUUGACUCUAAACACACAAGGUAGAAAUUGCUGGAACAACCAUCGGCUUCAUGACUUCAUGACAACUAAAGACUGAAACAUGAGGCAAACAGGAAAUGGACUGGAGAGGAAAAGAAAAGAAGGAAACAUGAAGACUGCAACAGAUGCAUUGGUCAUGUAAUAAAGUCGUAGUAGCUUAAAUCGCACUUUAUUAUUAUUAAUGGGAACAUGGUAGUUGUGAUGUAUUUAUUUGAACUGUUUUAUAUACGAUUUUAAAAGAUUCCGUGAAGAGUUUGUGUAAUUUAUGUGAUGUGUGAUUUUGUUUUUGUUUUAUCAAAUGUAUUUGUACUGUGUCUUGAGGCGUAUUUAACCAGUUGUUUUAAUGCUGACUUGUUAUUUAACUGUCGCUCUGCAUGGUUUUAAGAUAAGAAAGAUGAAAAAAACUGUGAGGGUUUCAGAAAUCUGCUUCACAUCUCUGUCGUUUCAGAAGCACAUGUCACCAAUGAUAACUCAGAGUUCAGCCUCAGGAGCGAGCUUGUGCUGGAGCAGUGAGCAAUGCUCAGGGAACACUGUGUGUGGUUUGUUGUGUCUGUGCGCAAGCAUAACUUAUCUCAUAAAAUAAAGGGUGGUUUGUACAACUGAGGUCAUAUACAGAGACUUUUCUAACAUAUGGUCACACACAUACACACACAAGUUGACCACAAGCUUCUAUAGGUCAGUGUGCAGUCAUUUAUUUAUGUCCUGUACUGUAAAUCUGGUGUUCUGUAGUAUCUCUGCACAGUUUGUUCACUGGCAACAUAGACACAUCUAGAGGUUUGAUGUAAUAAAACAGAACAGUUACACAGUCACCAUCUGUUCCUUCAGUGACCGUCUGUCCACACUGUUUCCUGAUUUAUUUAGAAAUGACUGUUGUGACUUUACUUCUAGUCUACUUUUCAGUUUCUUAUUUGCUCAUUUUGCUCAGUAUUUAAAUCCUCGUGUUUCACAUCAUUUGUGAAGAACAGUAUCUGCAACAAGUGCUUCAUGUCUUUGUUCUCCGGGUUUUACCUGAUUCCCGUGUGUUUCCCCAUUUGACUGAUCGAUUCCUGACCUUGCUUCGCCGUUUGACCUCC